AUGCCAGCUGUGCCCCUGUGGGUUGACAUUGUGAUGGUUGCCGAACUCGGUUUUUAUCUUCUCAUGCGGGCCAAGAUUGCGUACUUGCAGUCGGUGGAUCCUCUCGAAGCCUAUCUCAGUUCGGCGCACAUUCUUACAUUGGAGGAACGCCAACGACUCUGGGGUCGUGUGAUGCAAGCGAAAUCUUCAGAUGUAGCUGCGUACUUUGAGAGCUGGUUCUUUGAUGUAACCAUUGAUGACAUUUCUCAGCACGAAUUGCAAAACUUUGUGUGCUGGUGCUACUUUGAUGGACGCAACCAAGAGCACUUGACAACUGAAGAGCACGAUCAACUUGAUAGCUUUGUGAGUCACGCCCGACGAUUGAUUCAGAAGGAGAAGAGGAAAUCCAUGAAGAACCUGGACAAUGAGGUGGCCGCCCGAGCCAUGCCUCGUCCAUCCAAAAAACUGGUGUUUGAUGCACACCGGAAGUUGUUGGACAAGUCCCUGACCAACAGCAAAGCCAUCCCCGAGGCCGAAUUGGCUGAAAUCAUGAGAAAGAUGACCGAGUGUCACGAAACUUUUACCGAGAAGCCUUCUGAUGAUGAAGAAGAGAAGCAAUCGAGACGCUUUGGACGACCCACGGCUGAUCCUCUUCUAGGUAUCCGCGUUGCGCCCUUGACAAUUCACUUGGUCUUUUUCCUUCUAGAGGUGGUGCUUCGUGUGGCACUGUGGUUUGCUGGAUUUCGACGAUGCCGCGUAAACAAGAAGGCAGUCUACUACUACCAUCCCGGUAGUCCCCAACAAGACAAGGAGACGACACCUUUGGUCUUUAUCCAUGGCAUUGGGGUGGGCCCCGUGGUGUACCUGCCACUUAUUUUCAAGAUGAUGUCAUCGGGUCGACCCAUCUUUCUGCCAGAAAUAUCCACCGUCUCUGCCAUGCGACCAUGGGUGUUUCCCGGCGAAUGCCUCAACCCCGAUCAGGUGGCUACCACACUCGCUACCAUGUUGGCAUCUCAUGGCUAUACCCAAGCCACCUUUGCCGGUCAUUCUUUUGGCACUUUUUGGUUGAGCUAUGUGAUCAAAUAUGCUCCUGACAUUGUCGCAGGACUUGUGUUUAUGGACCCCGUUUGCUUUUGUCUGUACGACAGUUCUCUGACGCGAUCGGUGGUGUACAAUCAACCAGACCCUGGCGACGUUGGAUACCUCAUUCGAACGGACAUGAUGGUAAACUGGUCCGUCCAACGGCACUUUAGUUGGGUACGGGGCAAUCUGCUAUUGGAAGAAUUGAUGGAACAAGAUGUCCCUACCGUGGUGUUUUUGAGUGGCGAUGACCGAGUGGCUCCAUCCGACGUCCAAGAAUCCUAUCUGAAGCAACAUGAGGAGUGCCAGAUCGAGGAUUUGGACUCAACCCCGGAUGGAUACUUUGAGAAGGGCAACCUGAAUGUCGUGGUCUUUCGAGGGUGUGAUCAUGGCCACUGGAUGUUGACCCCGGAAAAGACACUGCCACGGAUACAAGAUGCCAUGGAAACUCUGUGCCAAAGGUCUGAAGCUUCACCGCCCCGCAGACUAUCUGCUCCGGUAGCUAGGAUCUACGCCAGGCAGCUAGCGAGGGGGAGUACCGUACCAAGAUGA